AUGGUUCGAAAUCUGAACGAUGUGGCUACCAUGCCUGGCUAUGCUGAAACGCCAAACAAACUUGGAGGCAUAGAAGACGAAGCUCAAGGAGAGCCAGUCCUAAAUGACAUGGACACUGGUGCCCUGUUCAAUCAAUUGACGAAAUUAAACCUCAUGCCGAAGAAAGUCAACUUCACCCCCAAUGAAAAGAAGAGUGGUAGCAAAAACUCCGAUGACCUUCUUUGCAUGGUUGCUGCAACAUAUGAGUCACCAAAGAUACCAGAGGGCUCCUAUCGCGGAACUCAAUUGGCAUUGACAAAGGUCUACGAUCUGAUAGAACAGAGAUUCAUGUCAUUCACCGACAUCACUGGUGUUGAGCCCAUACUACCGAUUGGUGUGAGCAGGGUAGAUAAGAAGGCUUUCUUUGCAUUCACGAAAAGCAAACCCGGUGAUAGCGACUUUCCUCCUCAUCUUGAUAUGGGUCUGAAUAAGACCUGGCCGGAUAUUGGCGAUGAAGAUCCAAACCAACGAUCAACCAUGAGCCCCUUUGGUCUCUUCGACCCUUCCUAUUUGAUCCAGUUAAAGAUGAUCAUGUCUGGUGUUAUCCCGAAUUUUAUUACGAAGGUUGGCACACCCGAUAAAGGCAAUACAAUCGCCGAAGUAGAAAAGUACAAUCGGGAUCGUAUCGAGGCAGAGAAGAAGAGGUGGUUGAAGUAUGGAUAUGUGCAAGAUAUCUUCAAUCGUCCAAAUGUGGGUGAGCUGGAAGAUUGGUACAGCGAUGACCGAUUUGCCCAGCAGCAAUUCACUGGGACAAAUCCUACAACCCUCCUACCAGCUUCGCUAUCUUGGGUCAGGCACUUCAUACGCGCUGCCACACAGCCAGAAGACAAAGCCGCGAAAGAUAUCAUUACUGCGAUCUCUGAAGGGCAUUCGGAGUCUUUGUACAUCCAGGAUUACAGCUACUUCCGCGAUAGUGCGGGCUUCACGGAUCGCGAAGCUGAGAUAAAAAUGUCUCCCGAGAAAGGAAGCCCGCGAUAUGGCUGUGCAGCGGUUUCUCUCUUCUAUCUUGAUGAUGAAGGGAAGCUUCAUCCGCUCGCAAUUAUCCCGGAUUGGCGAGGAUGUUCGGGUGCAACUGUGACUAUUUACAACCGAGAGUUGUUUAAAAGGGUAGAUCUACUGACCGGGAGAGAGAAGUCACGCAGCCCACAGGAGAAGAGAAUUGAUGAGGCCAAUGACUGGCCAUGGAGAUAUGCCAAGACUUGUGUGCAAACCAGUGACUGGUUCCGGCAUGAAGUCACCGUGCAUCUUACUCGUACUCACCUGGUUGAAGAAACUGUCAUUGUCUCUGCAAAUCGACAAUUCGAAAACGAUCACCCAGUCUUCCAGAUUCUUCGACCGCACUGGCAGAAGACCUUGGCCCUCAAUCAGUCCGCUAGGACUGUUCUGGUUCCCUCUGUUAUUCUUGAAAUUGUCGGUUUCUCAAAAAAGGAGGCUUUGAAGUUCAUCCGAAAGGAGUAUGACGACUUUGAUUUCCAGAAUAGCUACGUGCCAACUGAUCUUCGUAACCGGGGCUUCCCACCAGAGAAACUGGACUCGAAAAAGUUCCACAACUAUUCCUACGCUCGGUGCAUCAACAGCAUGUGGGGGAAGAUCAGAACUUACGUGACAGAGAUGCUUUCGCUGUACUAUCCCUCCGCCUAUGCUGACAGCCUUGUGAAACAAGAUAAAUCCAUUGAGAAGUGGUGGAAGGAAAUGCAGUCUCCCAGUGGCGCUGAUAUGCGCUCAUUCCCCGAAAUCGACACAUUCGAGAAGCUAGUCGACUGCGUCACCAUGUGUAUUCACAUUGCCUCACCCCAGCAUACAGCAGUCAACUACCUGCAAGACUACUAUCAGGACUUUGUGAUAAACAAGCCCUCCUGUCUUUUUACCCCGCCACCAACCUCUCUGAAUUCCUUGCUCGCAUACACAGAGGAGGACCUAGUUAAGGCGCUGCCUAUUAACCAAACAAGAGAAUGGCUUUUGUCCUCGCACGUUCCAUAUCUUCUCAGCUUCAAGCCAGACGAACAGAAGGAAACGUUGUUCGGGUACGUCACGACGGCUCGCGCUCUCGCCCAGAGUAGCGGCAACAAUGAGCUUUACGGAGUGCUUGACAGAUUCUUUAAUGCACUGAAAGACAGCGACAAAGAGUUUCAAGACUAUGCUAAUGAAAAGUGGGAUGCUAAGGAUAUUCCUUACACAGUGCUGAAGCCAAAGUAUAAUGCGGUGUCGAUUUUGAUUUAG